ACGCCGUUCAGACGGGACGCAGACGGACAGUCGAUCAGGCCACAAUGCAGGCGACCCGUGUUCUAUCAUCUCUCUUCUUAACGCAAGCAGUGCUCGGAUGUUUUCCGUCACGAGAACGACAAGCUAUUACUCCAGCAGAACUGCUGAAGACAUUUAUGGACAACCAAAACCGAGAGCUGGAAAUCGAGAAGCAGCAGUGUAUCGUCACACAAAGUACACACCAACCAGGUGUUUCUGCUGAAAAUUCGACGUACUGUGACGUCAUGUGGGACGGUGUGAUGUGCUGGAAGCCUGCCCUGCCAGGGACUCUUGCAACAGAACCCUGUCCUGAGUACAUUGCACGGUUCGUCUCAGAGGGAUUUGCAAUGAGAUGGUGUGCAGACAACGGUUCCUGGUCCCUGAAACAAGAAAAGGGCUGUAUCCCCCAACAAAACGCAGAGCACGUGGUUCAUAUAGGCCCAAUAGAGGACUCUGUUUUACUGGCGAGAUGGGUACCAGUGUUGAAAACUGUAUCUCAAGUGGGUUACAGUGUUUCGUUGGUAACACUGACUGUGGCAUUCUGUCUUCUCAGCGUCAUGAAGAAGUUACGCUGUCCUCGCAAUAUGCUGCACCUUCAUCUGUUUCUGUCCUUCAUGCUGAGGGCUUUCAUCACACUCCUGAUAGACAUUCUCUUCGUGAAGGGCGUAGGACUUGCCAAGGACGUAGAAGUUGAUGAAGGUGGCUUGGUGGAUUUCAAGCCCGACCGAAAUAACUGGGACUGCAAAGCUCUGACGACCAUCUGUAACUACUUCAUCAUAGCAAACUACACGUGGAUUUUCAUGGAGGGACUUUACUUACACAACCUGAUCUUCCUAGCUCUCUUCUCUGACACGAGUGCCAUCACCCACUACGUCAUUCUUGGAUGGGGGUUACCAGUUCUGUUUGUGGUUCCGUGGGUCGCGAUGAGGGUCAAGCUUGAAGACACAAUGUGCUGGACCACACAUGACGAUCCGCACAUUUUCCUGUUAAUUAGGCUACCUGUCGUCACUUCUAUACUUCUGAGCUUCGCCUUGUUCCUGAAUAUCGUCAGAGUUUUGCUGGUGAAAAUGAAAUCCAACGUCAAUCUGGAGCAGAGAAGGUGGCGCUAUAGGAGAUGGGCCAAAUCCACUUUGAUCCUGGUUCCCCUCUUUGGGGCUCACUAUGUUUUCUUCAUCUGGAUGUCUCCCAGUCAGAAGAUCAGUGAGAUGCUGGAAAUCGUGUGUCUCUUCUGUGAUCAGAUGUUCGCUUCUCUGCAGGGAUUCUUUGUAUCGCUACUGUACUGUCUCCUGAACUCGGAAGUUCGGGCCGAGGUUGUUCGCAAGUGGAUGUCGUAUAGAUAUCACAGGGAUCAGCCCACGAGAGGUUCAGCUCAGAGUCUGCCUGUUGGUCUUAACUCGAUGCUCACCGUGUCCAGAGCGUACAAUGGCAGAUGGGGCCGGGUGAGUCUCUGAACUCUGCUUCAAGAAACGUGGCCCAAGAGGAAAACGGACAAGAUAUUCUUUCUGUUUCAGAAUUCCUACAUGAUCAGAGAGCUGAUAUGAAUCCAGGCAUACUCCCAUCUCUUUCACACGGCCAUUACUAUGAUGUAGCCCUCGAUAUGGAUACAAAGUAAUAUAACUGUACAUAAAAAUACGUGUUUUUUUAACUGACAAACUAACUCCAUAUAGGCAAAUCCUUCUUAACAAGACAUCACAUGCUCAGCUAAUCAAUAAUUUCACAAAAUUGGUGUUUUUUGCAUCAAAAAUCAUGAACGCAACAGAAUCAGAACAUAAAUGAUGUCUUCUUGAGCUCUAACAUUGAAGACUGAAGACUUCAUGUAUAGAAAAUGGCUGUGUUUCGCAGAAGCACAUCUGCAGUCAGCGACAGAAUCAGUCCACAAAGAAUGUCUUUGGAUUAAAACAGGUAACUGAGAAUCCAACAUGCAUUUAAAAUGGGUUUGUAUCGCAUUGUAUUAACGGUUUCAAGAACAAAGUUAAGUAUUGUUCUAUUAUGGAUAUUGCUGGCCAAUGCACACUCGGCAGCUCUAUCCCCGAGGCUACCUGGUCAAUGAUCGCUCGGUAGCCCUGACUUUUGCCCAACCCCAACAACUAUCUUGCCCGCUCUCUGCUUCCUGCUCGCCUGGCCUUUCUACCUGAUCUCUACAGACCCUACCCCUCUCCUCUUUAUUGAUUUCCCAUGUGGCCCACUAUUCCUCCCUCUCUCCAUCUGUUCUUAUAUAGCUGGGUGUUUUCGACUGGGGGCUCAGU